AUGGCGACCGCUUGUAUUCCUGGUGUAAAUUUCUGGUCCCAGCUAAGGUUGGAUCCGUCCAAGAAUGAAUGCGGAAACAGCAGUCAAUCGCCGAUUCACAUCCAAGUGAGAAGCACAAUAUGCGCCUACAUUCCGAUGAGUUACAUCAACUACCGUAAACCACUGCUGUCUCCAUCCAUCGUCAACAACGGUCACACCGUGCAGGUGUCCGCACCGCUCGACAGAUACCAUGGCGUAGGGCUGUCUCACCCAGCCUCAAGGUUCCGGUUUCUGCAGCUUCACUUCCACUGGGGAAACAGCUCGGCCAGGGGAUCCGAGCACGUCGUGGACGACAAUCACUACUGCAUGGAGAUGCACCUGGUGCACGUGAACACAAGAUACGAGACUGUUGAAGAGGCUUCGAAGCAUCACGAUGGAAUAGCAGUUGUCGCCGUCCUUUUUGAGAUGGACGUUUUUCGCAGAGUGCACGCUCGUGGCCAUGACAAUGGUACGACACACGACCUGGUAGACAAUUACCGACCACCGAUGCCCCUGAACGGCCGAUAUGUCCUGAGGAACUUCCUUUGUCCGCCAUUGCAGAAAGGACAAACCAAGGUGCACGCACCCGCGAGAACACCAGAUUCAGUCGAGGGUCAAGAGUAAUG